GGCGUAUUUUACACAUUUUGUUAUCCGUUCGCGACCUGUUCUGUUCUAAGUUUACGACGCGCUGUUUUUUUCCGAGGUUGAUGCUAUUACUGGCAUCAACUUCUCAGGGUUCACUUGCUGAUGUAACGUUACUCUGAACUUUGAUGCUAGCGGCCGACAUUAAGUGAAUAGCUGGCGACAGCGACAGUAUAAGUCUUGGUGUUGUGUAUUAUUCGGGCCGUUCUGUAGUUCGGGCAGAGUAGUGGGCCCGUCGUCAACUGGGACCAGCCGCUGGGUCGUGCUGGUAGUGUCCGGGUGGACUCUAGGCUGCGGCAGGUCUGUGCAGUGGUGAUAGUGGUCGCUGUAAGCAGCGGUUGUUAUCGUGGUAGUCAUUCGCUGGUCCUAUUGCAAUGCGGCGUCUGUGGGCGAGCGCGGUGGGAGCGUGCGUGUUGUUGGGAGGUUUGAUUACCCUUUCCAUGCCGUCGGAGGCAAUCGAACCACUGUCACUCACCGCCGGCGGUGUGGGAUUAGCCGUCUCAGCAGGAUAUGCGUUCUACAAUUCGUUGCGUUGCAAAUAUGAGGAAUGUUGCUCAGAGCCAUGGAUUCGCAAGAUUAAGUGUUCACCCUCGGCUAAAGGAAACAAGGACGUAAAGAACAAGAACCCUCCAACGGAUAAUGAUUACGGCUAUCUUGAGCAGGUUCUGAAGCAGAGCCUCCAUGGACAACCACUCGUUUACGCCUCGGUCCCCGGUGCCGUCGCACAACACCUGUGCAACCCCAACCCAAAAAAAGCUCUCGUCAUGUCCUUCCACGGCUGGACCGGGGGUGGAAAAAAUUACGCAUCGAUGAUCCUUGCCAACUACCUCUAUAAGAAAGGACUCAGAUCUGACUUUGUAAAGCUCUACGUAUCAACCCUGCACUUCCCUCACCAGGAUGAAAUUGGCCGAUAUAAGCGCAAGCUCCAAAAGGAAAUUGUUGAACAAGUGAAAAAAUGUCCUCAGUCGAUGUUCAUCUUCGACGAGAUCGACAAGAUGCCGGCUGGUUUAAUUGAUAUCAUCAAGCCUUUCUUGGAUUUUCACACUUCCCUCGAUGGAGUUGACUAUCGAAAGUGUAUUUUCGUCUUUCUCUCGAACACUGCUGGUGACCUUAUUGCGAGGCAGGCGCUCACGUAUUGGAAGGAUGGCAUCGACCGCAACAGGAUUGCGCUUAAGGACAUGGAAUCCGUGAUUGGACUUGGCAGCUUUAAUGAGAAGGGUGGUCUGUACCGCGCGGAUAUUGUGGAUAAGAAUCUCAUCGACGUGUUUGUACCGUUCCUGCCUCUCGAGAAGAGGCAGAUUAAUCAGUGCAUUCGCGACGACUUUCACCGGAAGAAUGUCGAGCCUACCAAAAAGAUGGUUGAUACUAUUGCCGACGAACUUGAAUACAUCCCUCAGGAAUUUCAGCUGUACUCGUCCACCGGUUGCAAGAAGGUCCAACACAAAGUGCAGCAAUAUCUUCACGGUGGGGUCAGUGCAGAAGAAGAUAGUGAAGAAAAUUAAACCUUUCUACAGAAACCUGCACUGCCCGAAUGGUUCCUUGUGCCCUUCAUAUCGAAAACAUCCCCACAGCCAUAACUGCUGCAUUCUUCCCGUCAGAAGACAAUGCGACGUCUUGAAAGACGCGGUGUCGUUAUGAUGGUGCAGGGAUAAAAUUACCAUGUGAACUACACGUGCCCUAUUACCUACGUUAUUAACUAUGUAACAAUACAGACGAUGCCGAUGCUGAAAAGUCAACAAGAAAGAAUAACCGUUUCCGAUCAUAAGCGUGACUACGGAGGAUCACAGGCUCAUCGAUGCGCGCCGACUAUAGCAGCCGCAAUCAUCUAGUCAAAAACAGGCCAGCAGCAGAAGAAGCAGCGAAUUGAAUGCGAGAUGCAACUUGGUCCUAGCUGCACCGUACAAGAGUGUGAUUGCUAACAAACAAGAUUUUUGAGUAUCCUGAGCCCAACGUCUUGUAAAGAGGUAGCGUGAGUUUGAUGGGUCUCUUGAGCGAUACACUUAUGACUGCCUUUUAUUAUUCAAUUUAGGAAUUAUUUUAGAAAUAUCGUCCUUGUCAUUAUCCUUAUUAUAGAUGCUGUACAAUAACAUAAUGUGGUUAAUAGAAAGAUAUUGUUGUGACAUUGGAUAUUAUCAAUGCCAUUGGAUCGAACCAGCUGGUUUCAUUUGCCUGCUGUCUUCACGUAGCUUAAUGCAGGUGGCUCGAAAUUGACAGACGAAUUUAUGUUUAACGGCAUUAGACUUUGUAAGGAAAAAAAUAAUUAUAAGGACCAUUGUCAUGUAUUUCUUUAUAUUCGUGUGUUUAGGAUACGUUUGUUUCUAAGCACCGUUAUUGUUUCGAUCUAAACUGCUUAAUCUGAGGGGUGCAAUACGAAACUUAACGGCCCUUUUAUAAGCUACAAAACAAAGGUAUAACUAAUCUCUCGCGUGUUAUUAAUGCAUCAAUAAAGCCCAUGCAAUGAAAAAUUAUACACUAGCAAAUAGCUGCACAACGGUAGUAAUUUAUACAUUGCUAAUUAUAAUCAUAGAAAAUAAAAAAUCAUUUGAAGAAUGCACGAUGAAGAUGAUUUAGGAAGAAUUAAUUCGAAAAGUGAUGGCGUGUUAGAUAAAACGAUAUUAUUCUUGCCGUUAUAAGGAGCAGGGAAACGUUGUUGGGUCGCGUGAACACCUCGAUUGAGAUAUGCAUUUAGAUAGAAAAUAGGAAGUAGCGAUGUCAGAUGUUGAUUUAUCAUCAAGUGGAAAUGAUUAAGGAUGGGUAACUCACUGUUGAAUUUGUACCUACCGUCAGGCACCAUCGCCAUUUGGUGACAAAAUGAACCUUAAGUGAAACGAAAGGCCCUCUGAGUAGGAGUGGCCCAGAAGCAAAAUGAUAUGAAAAAUAAAUAGUUAAAUAAGUAAAUACAAGAAAAAAAGAGAAGCGAUUACUUAAGUGAAGCGCAUUGCAAGAGUCAUAAGACGCCGAAGUGCCUUCCUUCAUCCAUUUUUUGCUCAUCGCUUUCAAUGCCGCUGCAACGAUGUCAGCGCCGUCCAGUUUUUGUAAAUAGAGGAAAAAAGAAUGUUCGUCUUGUUUUUCGGUAAUUGUGUACGUUUCUCUACAAAAUGUUUGGUUUGUUUUUCUUAAUAAAUUGGGCUAUUUAUUCAA